AAAUGUUGUAGAUUCCUCGUUGUCAAGUAGCUUACCUACUGUUGAAAAGGUUAGGUCCGUCAAACCUUCAAUUCCAGCUAGCAAGAUUAGCUUAUCUUAGGCUCAAAGGGACUUGCAUGCUUGUCAGGGGAGCACUGUACAACAACCAAAACCUGGAACUGAAUCUUUAACAUCCAAGUUGUUAUCAGCUGCAGCUAAACAUUCCGGGGUGGUUCUAGCAACUAACUUGGAUGAAAGCCUGCCAUCUAACUCCGUAUCUUCUGCCCUAGAUGCCACAUCUGAGGAAUCUAUGCUAGUCAUUGCCAGUAACGAAGGCAGGAAGGAAAGUUUGGUUAAGUCCAUCUCCAUAAAAGAUCAUCAGAAGAAAACGACUCCAGGUUAUUCAAAGGACUUAUUCAAAGGGACUUGGAUGCUUGUCCAAUGUGGCUUUCUCUUGCAAAAAUAGUUCUAGGUUCAAUGAGGAGAAGCCUGGAGAGAGUUCUGAGAAAUUACAGAGCAAUGGAAGCCAUGGCAGCAGCGAAACCAGUGAUCAAAGUUGCUGCCCUUUGUGGGUCUUUAAGGGAAGGCUCUUACAAUAGAGGCUUACUUCGUUAUGCAAUGGAGCUAACUAAGGAAGAGAUUGAAGGGAUUCAGAUUGAUUACAUUGACAUUUCGCCGCUUCCUAUGCUCAACACUGACCUCGAGGUUGAUGGAAAGUAUCCGCCUGUUGUCGAGGCUUUCAGGCAGAGGAUUUUGGUGGCUGAUAGCAUCCUAUUUGCUUCCCCUGAGUACAACUACUCUGUUACUGGACCCCUGAAGAAUGCAAUUGACUGGGCUUCUCGACCGCCAAAUGUUUUUGCCAAUAAAGCUGCUGCCAUCGUAAGUGUCGCAGGAAGUUUAGGUGGUGCGCGAGCACAAUAUCAUUAUCGCCAGAUUGGGGUUUAUCUUGAUCUUCAUUUUAUAAACAAACCCGAGUUUUUCUUGAAUGCAUAUGAGUCUCCAGCGAAGUUUGAUAGUGAUGGCAACCUUAUUGAUCCAGCAUCCAAGAAGAGAAUGAAAAAAGUUCUUCUUGCAUUGCAAGCCUUUACUCUGCAACUCCAAGGCUGCAAUUUCAAUCUCUCAACAACAUCCGAGUUCCCAAGGCGGAUUGGCAGAUUAUCCGAGGAAGGACAUGGCUUAACACCAUGCACCGAAGGAAGCCUUGCUCCACCAUUCCCUGCUAGCACAAGGUACAAGCUUGGAAGAACAUCUGAAACAUAUGAUUGGUAUGAUUUGGAGACCUGCAACAACGAAAGAAGUGUUCUUAGUCAGUUUCAAGACGAGCAUUUCAGGCUCAAGAAUAAAAGGUACACUCCUAAUGCAAGGGAAAGGAUGUAUAAAUUUGGAUUGGUUGCAUCUUGGGUGUUUUUCCUUAUCGUAAUCAUGCUCAAUUAUCGGGUUAAUAGCAUCGAAGAUGCUUGCUGCAAGAGGAACGUGUUUAGCAGGAGCCUUGAUCUCUGGGUGGCCUAUAGUUAAGAAUGUUACGGACAGUCACCAUUUUAGAUUCUCGGGUUCAUAUGCAGUCGAUUUCGAAAUAAAAGCAUGCAUGAAAGCAUUGCUAGAAUUAAGCCAAUCUAUGAAAAUACUUGGUUUAAGUUGAGAUGCCGUUUGUAAGUAGAAGCAUUGUUGCUGCUUUUGGCCUGUGCUUUAAUGGAAGUCAACUUUUAUAAUUCCAAAAGUGGUAACAUUUCAUGGUCAGCGCGAUAAAUACCUUCAUUUUCAUUUAA